AUGGAGCUAGAUAUCGAAGAAUAUAAAGCACUCACGUCAACUCUACUGGCUUUCUAUAACUUUAACAAAUAUGAAUAUGAACAAAUUAUCAAGCCUCGUAAGAUCAAAUUAGCAUCAUUAUCAGAAGAAGAAUUAGCAUUACUACCUUGGUAUCCAAAGUACAUAGAGGAUCUCCAAAUAUGCAUAGAUUAUAACGAUCAGUUUACAAAAACUUUGGCCUUAACAAUUUCACAAGAUUGGGGCGUGCAUCCAAAUCCUGCUGAGUGGGCUCCAUGCUCUGCUACAGAGUUUGAUAAAGUGAGAUCAACGCUAUUGCAACUCUCUCGUGAGUGGAGCUCUGAUGGUGAAAUAGAGCGUAAUAUAUCGUACAAUAAAAUUAUAGAAGAAUUGAAUACUCUUUUCCCUGAACUCUUAACAAGGCCAGAUGUGAAGGUCUUGGUUCCAGGUUGUGGCCUAGGUAGGCUUGUUUUAGAAUUCGUGAAGGAGGGAUAUUCAUGCCAGGGAAAUGAGUUCAGUUACCACAUGCUAUUAACAUCCAACUUUAUUUUGAAUCAUUGCAAGUAUGCACAUAGCUAUUCGAUUUUUCCUUAUCUCCAUAAAUCGUCACACUUGCUUAAGAGGGCAAAUCAAAUUCGGCCAGUAACAAUUCCAGACGUGAAUCCGACGAGUAUUCACGAAUUAUCCGAGAAGAAUCCUCAAAUACCCUAUGAUGAUUUAAUGUCAAUAGCAUCCGGUUCUUUUACCGAUUUGUAUGGUCCACCCGAUUUGAAUAUCAGCGACACGUAUUCAAAAGAUCCAAUUGCUAGUGAAUUUAGGCUCCAGCAUAUUAAUAGUUUCGAUGUGAUCGUUACUUGCUUUUUUAUUGACACGGCUUCUAAUAUCAUUGAUUACCUCAAGACAAUUAAGCAUUGCUUGAAAUCAAAUGGUUACUGGAUAAACUUUGGGCCACUACUUUGGCACUUUGAAGAUGAUUUUAAUGUAUCAUACUCUCAUAAAAAGCUCACAAAGGAUUCACCACCUAUAAAAGUUCCUACAACAAUGAAGGGACUCGAACUAUCGAGAGAAGAUCUUAUUGAUCUUAUUAACAAAAUGGGUUUCAGAUUUGAAAAGCAUGAGUCCAACAUUGAAUCAACUUAUAGUGGUGAUAUAAGAUCCCUUGGAGGGUAUAUUUAUAAGUGUGAGUUUUGGGUUUGUCGUAGUGUAGAUAUAGAGCAAUGA